CUUGCCCUUUUACCAUGGCUGAGGGAGAAGAACAUGACCCUGGGGCUUUUGAAGCAAUGUUUCAGAGCUUUCUGCAUCAAAGUUCAUACGAAAAGAAAUACUUCAGUUUAAAGAGAAAAUGCGAGUACUUGCAGCAGUUUAAUGAAAAAUUGGUAAAUCGAAUUCAGCAAGUGAAGAAGAUUCUUAAAAAGACAAAGAAAGAGAGAAGAUUUAUGAUGGGAAAGCUUGAUGAACAUGGAGACAACUUCAGAGAUGCCAUGGUGCCAGCUAUGUGGGAGGAGGACCAGAUCCUGGAUGCCCUUGCCACCAAAAGGGAGACCCCACUGCAGUCUCCAGUAGCAACUCCUGCCAUGCUGACACCCUCUGGUGGUGUGAACAUUCACCACACUCCCACUAUAGCUGCCUACCACCCUUACUAUGCAGGGUUGAGUAUGUCUGAAGGAAUGCCCCAGGGGAAGGGAAAGAAGGUGAAGAGUGAGAAGGAGAAGGACCCCAAUGCUCCUAAGAAACCUCUGAAUGCAUACAUCAUGUUCUGUAACGAGCACAGAGCCAAAGUGCAGGAGGCAUAUCAGAAGGAGCACGGGAAGGAUAUUGACCACCAUGAGCUGACCAAGCAGCUGGCUAUAAUGUGGAAUAAUAAGUCAACAGAGGAAAAAAAGGUAUACUAUGGCAAGUAUGAAGUGGAAAAAGAAAAAUAUGCCAAACAAAUGGAAGAAUAUACAGGGUCCCACCCGGCAGCCAGCAAGGAGGUCAAACAGGAAGUGGUCAUCAAGACAGAGCCGCAGACCACAGACUGACCAAUCUCGGGUCAUAGACUGACCACUCCUUUAUUUAAUGCAUAAUAACUGGGUCAUCUACUCAGGGGUGAAGGUCAAGUUGUGGCUUGUCUUGGAUCACGUGAUAUGGUCUGUCAUUUACCAGCCAGAAGGGUGGAAAUUGUUCUCACUAGUGUCAUCUGAAUAAUACCAUUGUAUUCAGAUGGCAAGAAAAGGAUAUGGGCUUUAAAUUGGAGUUUGAAUAUCGAAGCUUAACUUAACUGGUGCUGUCCAUCUUGUCAUGAAUGAAAAACACUUUCAUUUAAAAAGAGGGUCAUGAUGUUUGAUGUACAGUUGUGCUGGUUGGACUUUUGAAUUACCCUGCCUUGAAAAAAAAGAUUCUUUCAAAAAAUUACUUGUGUUUUCCUGGACCACCAAUUUUUUUUCCCUAUAUAUCUCAUUUUAGAGCCUAAUUUGAAUUUGGAGUCAUUAAAAAGUAGAAAAACAGUCAAGUAGUAUUCAUUUGAAAAUUAGCAAUAAUAUUUAAUAUGCUGUAUUGAGUGUAUUUUGAUUAAUAUGUUAUCAUUCUAGUGUAUAACUUAUUUUUGUGUGUGUUUGUGACACAUUUUAUAUUGUUCCUAUGUUUAUAUUUUAGUAUCCAUCAUAGGUUUUCAAAAUAUCCAGUCUUUUGUUUAACAUGUUUUAAUAAAAUGUUUUUUACUGAAAACACAGAGUUGAUAAAAUAGUAUAUUUAUGUGAGGUGUUGGAAUGUGAUAUCAUCAUGUAUUCUUCUAAAUUGUGU